AGUGGCUCAGAGUCCACGGAGGGGAGAGAGGGCAGCGGGGAAGGAGAGCAGCAGCAGGGCAGCAGUCGGCAUCAGUCACUUCGGAGCAGUUUCCAGUGAGAAGAAAGGGGGGUGGGAGAUGAACGGCAGCUUCUCUGCUGAACUCUCACAGGGCUGACCGGCCAUCACACACUGAUUUAAUAUAUUCCCACGAUCCUCCAGCAACAUGAGCUCCUCAUCAUCCAACCUGCACAACAAACGCCUACCCUCGGAGACCGAGCGAGGCCAGAGGCUCCCAGAUGCGGAUGCAGCGCAGCAGCUCAAGCUGAGAGAGAGGCAACGUUUCUUCGAGGAGGUCUUCCAGCAUGAUGUGGACGUCUACCUGUCCUCGGCACACCUUUGUAUCAGAGACUACAAGAGACCCCCCAUUGGCAGCAUCUCGUCUAUGGAGGUGAAUGUGGACUUACUGGACCAGAUGGAGCUGAUUGAUAUCUCUGACCAGGAGGCUUUGGAUGUCUUCUUCAGCUCUGGAGGAGAAGAGGGAGUCCUGACCUCCCCGCUGCCAGUUCAAGGAAACAACAACAACGAGGAAGUCAUUAGUAACGGACUCUUUCGAAACGUCCUCGAGGGUCUUGACGCCAAGUCCCGCAUGUCCUCCACAUCCUCAAACUCCUCCUCCGACAGCCAGACCACCAAUGCCAACGGGGGAGACACACCGAUAGUCGGGUCAGACGAUGAAGAAACACACACCAGCACAGUUAAGAGGAGAGCUGCGCCUCCAGAGAUAGAGAAGCUGAAAACUCAGACUCCAUCAUCGUCUUCCUAGGACGCAGCCCCCUGCAAUACAUCAACACCUGCAGCACCAUAGCUGACACCUCGGCCCGGGGGGCAAAGAGUGGCCUUUGUGAUGCCAGGCUGUCAGCUAUGACUGUCUUCCACACUCUUAUCUCCUGGCUCUUAUCACUGUUUUCAACUUUCCUUCGAUUUAUGAGUUGUGGGUUGGGUUCUGUGUGUUUUAGAGGUGGGGACCAUGAACUGUAAAAAGGCGUAUGGAGAUUUCCUAUUAAUCCUCACCUGUUUUCAUUCCUGUUCUGGCAUGUUUGAAGGACGAGAUUUGUUCCUCUGUUACUGACCUCACAGGAUUUGUAGUUGAUGAAUGAUGACUUUUGUACAGUAUUAACAUAUCCAGGGCUGUAAAGUAAUGACAGGAAUAAAAAAUUGUAAUAAUUGGAUGAAGUAUGACUUCAGGUAAAUUUUGUUGAAGAUUUCUAAAACUUAAAUAUGCUGUUUUUGAAAGCUACACACUGUCCUGGCAAUGCAACGUCUCGGUUUUCUAGUUCAAAUUCUAAAUGAAUCUCUAGUAAGUUUUUUGUUUAAACAAUAAAGGAAAAAUGUUUCCUUGUGUUCCUAAGA